AUGCCUUUCGACCUCACACGAGAUGAUCCUUCUGUUGGUGUCAUCAUUCUCACUAGAAAGGGAACAUGUGCAUUUUGUAGUGGUGGUGACCAAGUGUUGAGGAAUGAAGAUGGUUAUUAUGACCAUGAAAAUAUCGGUCGCCUUAAUGUGUUAGAAUUUCAGGUGCAGAUUCGCCUCCUUCCGAAACCUGUGAUUGCAAUGUUUGCAGGAUAUGCGGUUGGAGGAGGACAUGUAUUGCAUAUGGUUUAUGAUCUAACCAUUGCAGCCGAUAACGCUGUCUUCGGCCAAACGGGUCCUAAGGUUGGGAGUUUCGAUGCAGGUUACGGAAGUUCUAUCAUGUCGCAUUUGAUAGGUCCGGAAAAAGCGCGUGAAAUGUGGUUUUUCGCAAGGUUUCAUUCUGCUGUUGAAGCAGAGAAAAUGGGCCUUAUCAACACUAUUGUACCAGGAGAUGAUUUAGAGAAAGAAAUAAUCAAAUGGUGUAGGGAGAUACUCAGAAACAGCCAAACUACUUUUGGACGCCCAAAUUUUUCAAAGUUUAAUUGA